GAUGAACCCCGUACCAAUCGUGGAUGAGGACAUAGACACCAUUAUCCUGGUCUUCAUUACAUUCCCAAUAGAACUAUCUGAGGCAGAUCUUAUCAGGGGUGACAAAUACCAACAGAACCUCUACGUAACCAAGAGUGUAGAUGAUGGACGGACAUGGUCAGAACCUUUGGAUAUUACAAGUCAAACCCUUGGUAGAAUGGAUCCAGAACCACUCAUAUAUGCAUCAGGUCCAGGACAUGGUUUACAGCUGAAAUCCGGAAGACUCAUUGUUCCUGGUAACAUUCAUUGGAAAGAGAAACCGCAGCCAGGCGCCACAGGUUGGUUGUCGGAGUUGAAGUGGUCAAUAUUGGAGUUCUUUGAUAGUUUUCAUGGUAGUAGGAAUUGUUCUAUUGUCCUCUUCAGUGAUGACGGUGGUGAUACCUGGCAGGUUGGAGGGAAGAUACCACCAGCCAAAGAUGAGUAUGGGGUCGAUAUACCAGCUAAUGAAUGCCAGGCCGCCGAGUUAGAGGAAGGUCAUGUUUAUAUCAACAGCAGAACUUGUGAUCCUCAGGCAACGCGUCAAGAGUCCUAUAGCAUCGAUGGAGGGAUCUCAUUCACCAUGGGUGAACUCUCAGAUGACCUAGACGAACCUGGAUAUUUCCUUUCAAGAUGGAUACCUUCCAUCAAGAACUUUGGAGGGUGUCAGGCAAGUGUGAUGAGCUUUGAACCCCCGGAUCACGUUCCCAAACUGGAAAGAGAUGCCGAGCGUUGGAUCAUCUUCUCCAACCCCGCCAGUCGCAACACACGUGUCAACAUGUCAGUGCGGUUUAGUCGCGAUGCUUGCCAGACGUGGAGCCCACCACUCUCGUUGAAUCCCGGUCCAAGCGCGUACUCCGAUCUCACCUGUUACCGGGUGAAGGAGAGAGCGACAGGGAGGAAUACCGUCAAGUUUGCUUGUCUCUAUGAGUGUGGUAGUCUUCAUCCCUACGAGAGAAUCGCCUUUCAGACCUUCUCAUUGGCAGAACUCACCGCUAACGCUCUGCAUCCAUAGCAACAGGGACACGCCCAGUCACCUACCCACCUAGCAACAAGCUCAGCUCGGUUUCUUAAACAUUGAAUGACUCGUUACCCAGAAAAAUCACUUUUCAGAAUUGUUGCCUACAGAUCUACAGCAGAUUAGUCACAGGAAUCGAAUAGGAUGUUUUCAUAUUAGAUUGUGGUCUCCCUCUUUGUUACAUCUGGAUCUUGGUAAAAGAUUCGGAAAUGUUUGGAUUAUUAGUGACCAGUAGCAUACGCAUUGAACUUAUUAGAAAUAGCCUCAUAUUUGGACAUUUCCUGACUAAUUUACUCCCAACCAAUCAGAGAGCAAUGUUUUCUGAGCUAUUUGCCAGGACCCCUGCUUUUACAUGGAAUCCUCUUCUAGAAGGGUAUUCAAGGCUUACUAAAACCGGUAGCUUAUAAGAUCUGUCAGUGAAAUCUCCAGGGGCUUGGGGUGAGUUUGCACCUGAAAUACCCUACAGAACCCUAAAAGAAGAAUUUGAGAGCCCCUUUCACAUAGGGUCCAAUGUAAACUUUUAUACUAUGUAGCCAAAUUGGGCUGGUGACUUCAAAAAGUAGCCCCGGAAAAGAUCAAAAUUAUAAUUUUUUACCUGGGAUGCUCAGUCAGUGUUGAUAAGAUAAAUUUGAAAGAAAUUAUUAUUAUAAAUGUUUUUGUAGGUGCUGGAUGAAUAAAUAACAGUGCAUAAAAGUCAACAAAACACUACAGGAAAUAAAAUAUUGUUGAUGAUUGUGUCAAAGACCUUCAUCGUUUAAAAGGUCUUUGGCAAGCACGUCAACAAUAUUUUGUUUCUUGUGUUGUUUAAAACCUAUCUUUAGUUAAAGCAAAUCCCCAAAAGUGCAUAAGUUCAUAACACAAUCUCAAUUCAUUAACAUUAUAUGAGCGCAGUUGCCCUAAAUGGUUUUGGUGUGAAGGAUAUGAAAUCAAAAUGUGUUUUUUGUUGUUGAUAGAUUUACUGAUUUUACAUCAAAAUUUAUUUUGAUUCAGUGCCCAAUCGAAUUAAAGUGUCUUUGUAUAUUUGUAAAACCCCUUUUUAAGCGUGGAUUAUUGGGCUGAAAGUUUGAAGAUAUAAUCUUUGUAGCUUUCUCAUAUCAAAUUACAAAUCAAGCAUGUGCUCAUAUGCUAAAUAGAAAUAAAAAUAUUACUUAGAGGAGGCUCUAGAUGCCAAAUUUGAAUAUAUUGGCUGAAAGAAAAACAUUCAAUGACCACUACACUUUUUUCAUAUUGAAAUAUUAGAUGAAGAUUGAGUGUAAUUCACAUUAUUGAUAGACCCUUUACUAAACAGGCUUUGAAUUUGAAAUAUUCAGAUUAAAGCACUUUCAUACCUGAAAUAACUACCCUAUGUAUACAAAUCAUAACUAUUUCAUUUAUUUAUUGAUGUAUCCCAUUUGGCACUUGCUUAUCUAGGUAUUUCAAGAAUCCUCUGUAACCU